CCGAACGGCGCCGCAACGGCACCGCGCCGCACUGACGCCCGUCAGUCAAUCGCGUGUGCCUUCCUUCGUUUAAGUACUUUACGGAGCCGGUUGCAGUGCCUUCCUGCCGUCAUCUUGAUGCCUUGGCUCCCUUUCGGCCUGGCCUCUCUUACCGUCUCUCUCUCUCUCUCUCCCCCUCCCGCUUCGCCUCGACUGGCCAGCUGUGUCAUCGGCGAUAGUUGCACAUUGCCGAGAGCACUGUGCCUCACUCUCUCCUCGUCUUUCAAGCCCCCCUCCGUCUCACCACUUCACCCAGCAACUCGGUCGAAGACGGAGACUGAGUCGCGGUGGCAUCGUUGUAGACGCGCCGUUUCGCGCUCGUGUCCUCCUGAGGCGAGCUCUGCGUAGAGUCCUGCCCAACCCGUGGCGGGAUCCCAAUCCGUUCUGUACUUCACCAUGACUGAAGGCCUCGUCCUGCCGCUCUCUGCCGCCGCACUGGCCUUUGCCGGACUCGCCACCCUCCCCGGUACCCUGUCCUUCCUCAGCCAGGCGCGCAAUCGCACGCCCAAGGACAAUUUCUACGAAGACGAGGACGGCAAGAGCACCCCGGAAGCUCUUGCCGCCUUCUCUAACAAAGCCCCCAAGACCGCCGUCCUUCUCUUCGCCAGUCUCGGUUUCGGCCUCAUCACUGCCGCCUCGGUCCUUGCUACUCUCAGCCCCGCCAGCCAUGGCCUCUUACUCGAGUCGUGGCUCCUCACCGGUGCCUGGGGUGCUCUCCUAGCCCAGGCCAUCCUCCUGGCCUCUCACCAUUCACCCGUGCGAACGCACAACUUGGGCCUUUGGGCCUUCUUCUCCAGCCUGCUCACUACAGUCGCAGCCUCAAUUUAUGCCCUGAGCAUCGGCAAGCACGUCCAUAUUCGCGAUGACGUUCCCCUAAUCUUGCGCAUCCUCAACAUUGGCGCCAGCAUUGCCCUCAUUUUCUCCUGCGUCUCCAUACCCCGACGACCUGACGUCUACUACAAGGACAAGCUUGUCAGCCCCGAAUGGACAGUUUCGACUAUAAACAGGUAUACUUGGACUUUUGGUGGAAGGAUUCUGUCCAUGGCCCGCAAGAAGGGUGAUCUUGACGGGAAGGACAUCCCGCGGCCCGACAGCCAGAUUCGAGCCGAGAACCUCGUUUCCCGAUGGAUCAGGGGGAAUCACACGGGCAGCCUUCUCUUCUCGCUAUUCCGCGCCUACGGUAGCCGCCUGGCGAUUCAAUGGACAGUCCUUCUCUUUCGAUGCGCCCUGGGCAUCGGUCCAUUCUGGGCAAUGCUGCGACUUGUGCAGGCACUGGAGCGCAAGGAGGAGACGGACAAGACGCAGCUCUGGCUCCUCAUUCUCUGGAUGGGCGUCUUCACUCUCGCAGAACAGUGGAUUGAUGGCUGGAUUGUGUGGUUCUCCAUCACCAGACUGUGCAUGCCCAUUCGAGGCCAGCUUUCUGCGCUCGUCUUCAACAAGUCGCUGAGGCGCAAGAACGUCAAGUCUGCAGACAACACCAAGGACGACGACAAGGCCGCCGAGAACGGAAAGAAGAGCGACGACGACGACGACAAGGACAAAGACAAGGACAAGGACGAAAAGGAGGAGUCCAGCGUCCUGAAAUCGCGCCAAGCCAUUGUGAAUCUGGUUGGCGUAGACUCGAGGCACAUCGCAGAGUUUGCCAUGAUGCAGUUCUAUCUCAUUAACAGCGUGGGAAAGCUCGUCAUCUUCUCUGCCUUUCUCAUUCAGCUCAUAGGCUGGCUACCAUUCGGUGCUGGUAUCUUGGCCUGGGCACUUGUGCUUCCCGUCAACACAUACGUUUCCAAGAUAUACAUGAAGGCGGAGGAUACUCUGAUGAAGAACCGCGACAACAAGUUGGCCAUCGUCAAUGAGGCCUUGUUGGGUAUGCGCCAGAUCAAAUUCUCUGCCAUCGAGGGCCAAUGGGAGAAGAAAAUUCUCGAGAUGCGAGAGACCGAACUUCGAACCAUCAAGAAAGUCUUCACCGCCGACUCCGUCUUGUUCUUCUGCUGGGUCACCAGCCCUAUCCUUCUCGCAGCUGCUUCUCUCGCGACCUAUUCCGCGAUUCAUGGCAUCUUGGCCCCUUCGGUAGCCUUUGUCAGCGUGGGCAUUUUCAAGAGUCUGGAGGUGUCGCUUUCGGUCCUCCCCGAGCUCCUAGCUGGUGGCAUGGACACCUUGGUGUCUGUCCGACGAGUCCAAAAAUAUCUUGAUGGUCCUGAGAUUGAAAAGGUUGUAUCGGAAGGACCCGAUGUUGCCUUUGAAAAUGCAUCGAUUGCCUGGCCCGUCGAUGGCGACGUUCCCGACGAGGACAGGUUCAUCUUGAGCAAUGUCAACUUGUCCUUUCCAGAGGGUGAGCUGUCUGUCAUUUCAGGAAAAACGGGGACCGGCAAGAGUCUCCUCCUGAGCGCGCUGCUCGGAGAGGCCGACUUGCUCGAAGGCUCGAUCUACAUGCCCACAACUCUGCCUCCUCUGGAGCGUAACGAUGGCAAAGCCCACCCCGGGAACUGGAUCCUGCCCGGCUCAGUCGCCUACGUCAGCCAAACACCUUGGCUAGAGAGCGCCUCGUUCCGGGACAACAUUCUGUUCGGCCUGCCCUUCCUGGAAGACCGCUAUAAUACCGCGCUGGAGGUCUGCGCGCUGAAGAAGGAUCUCGAAAUUCUACCUGACGGCGAUCAAACCGAGCUUGGCGCCAACGGCAUCAAUCUCAGCGGCGGGCAGAAAUGGCGUGUCACUCUCGCCCGUGCCAUUUACUCUCGAGCAGCCAUUCUCAUCAUGGAUGACAUUUUUAGCGCUGUGGAUGCACACGUCGGCCGCCAGAUUUUCGAGAAUUGCAUCUCGGGCGACAUCUGCAAGGGCCGGACUCGCAUUCUCGUCACGCACCAUGUCGGUCUGGUCGACUCUCAGACCAAGUACAUCGCGGAGCUGGGCGAAGGAACCGUCUUGAACAGCGGCCUGACUUCCGAUCUUGCCGAGGAUGGCACUCUCCAAAAAAUCAAAAGCCACGAACAGCCUCAAGUGGUGAUUCAAGUUGAUGAGACUGGCGACGGACCAACAGCUGUGAACUCAGAGGAAACGUCUGUCCUGGAGCCCCCGGAGAACGAGGAAACGACAAUCAACACGCUGCACAAGGUGCCUUCAAAGGGCGGAAAGCAGUUUGUAGUUGACGAGACCCGUGCAAAGGGCAUGGUCAAGAGACACGUCUACGCCACUUACAUGAAGAGCAGUGGAGGCUGGUUCUUCUGGGUAGCCUGCGCCAUCCUUUACGUUUCGUAUGAAGGCAUGAAUCUCGGGCGCAACUGGUGGCUACGCAUUUGGACUGACGACCAGGAGGAAAGCGUCUCCGUCUCCAGCACUGGGCACCAACAUGGCAUGGCAUAUGGCGUGUCGCUCCAGCACAGUACAAUGCAUGCUGCCUCCCACAUGCACGUUUCUGGUCAUGAGCACAAGUCGCUGUCUUUCUAUCUUGGCAUAUAUAUCGCGUUGUCUGCAGCUAGCGCCAUCAUCGGAACCGUCCGCUUCCUAUGGACCUUUAUCAUCAGCAUCAAGGCAAGCAGGACGCUCUUCAAGAGGAUUCUGUUCACAGUCAUGCACACCAAGCUCCGCUGGCUCGACACCGUUCCCGUCGGCCGUGUUCUCAACCGUCUUACCGCCGACUUUGACAUUGUUGACAGUCGCAUUACCAUGAGCCUGGGCUUCAUGUUCUGGCGUAUACUGGGACUAGUGGGCGUCUGCGUGGCAGGUAUCCUGGUGUCGGCGUACAUCAUCCCCCUUGCCCUUGUCCUCUUGCUUUUGGCGGCUGUCGUUGGCAAGACGUACUUGGACGGAGCGCGGCCCAUCAAACGUAUCGAAAGUACGGCCAAGUCGCCCGUCUUUGAGCUGUUCAACGCCUCGCUCGCAGGUGUUUCCACUCUCAGAGCGUUUCAAAAGACUCACGUCUACGUUGAUCGCAUGUACGCCUUGCUGGACAGCUGGGACAAUCUCAGUGUGUACAACUGGGUGCUGAACCGAUGGCUUGGCUUCCGCAUGGCGCUCAUCGGAACGGCCUUCACUACCACUGUCGGAGCGAUCGUCGUAGGCUCGUCCUUUAUCGACGCUGCCAUGGCUGGAUUCACCAUGUCAUUUGCCCUGGACUUUUCCGGGAACAUGCUCAUGGCUGUCCGCGGGUACGCAAACCUGGAGCUGGACAUGAACGCAGCCGAGCGUAUCGUGGAAUACUGCGAGCUUGACACAGAGGAUUUGGAGGGUGAGGAGCCUCCUGCCGCAUGGCCAACGUCGGGCAGGAUGGAGGUGAACGGCCUCGUCGCCGCUUACGCGCCGGAUCUCCCGCCUGUUCUCAAGGGAAUCUCGUUCAGCGUCAAGAACAACGAGAGGGUCGGCGUCAUUGGUCGCACCGGCGCUGGAAAGUCGUCUCUCACGCUGGCGCUGUUCCGUUUCCUCGACUCGCGGGAAGGCUCCGUCCUGAUUGACGGCCUCGACAUCUCCAAGAUCAAACUGAGCAGCCUUAGGUCGCGCCUUGCCAUCAUUCCUCAGGAUCCAGUGCUGUUCUCUGGCACGAUCAGAAGCAAUUUAGAUCCAUUCAACGAGCACACUGACGACGAAUUGCGCGACUGUCUGUCUCGAGUUCACCUAGUCGACUCGCAGCCCGUGACACCCGCGAACGAGCCGUCAUCGGCUGCCAACUCGACGCCUGGGUCGACGCUGGCCCCCAAGAACGUCAACAUCUUCCGCGACCUCUCCAGCGGCAUUUCCGAGUCGGGCGGCAACCUGUCGCAAGGCCAGCGCCAGCUGCUCUGCAUUGCGCGCGCCAUCAUCUCGCGCCCCAAGAUCAUGGUCCUCGACGAGGCCACGUCCGCUGUGGACAUGGCGACGGACGCCCUCAUCCAGCGCAGCAUCCGCGAGGAGUUCACCGACAGCACGCUUCUCGUCAUUGCGCACCGCCUCAGCACCAUUGCCGACUUUGACCGCAUCCUGGUCCUCAGCGAGGGCGCCGUCGCCGAGUUCGGCACGCCCCGCGAGCUGUGGGACAAGGGCGGCAUCUUUAGGGACAUGUGCGCGCACAGCGGAGAGGCGGACAAGCUCAAGGCUGUGGUCUUGGGCCAGUCGAAUUAGAUUGUCUGUUGGCAACAUAAAAAAAGUUGCAAGGGGAGACUUGUUUGUUCCAAAUUUGCCAUCAUCAUUUUACGUCUCGCUGAUGUCGCUGAUGCACUGAGUUGGUUGAAGGAGGCACCUACGGGGAAACUAACUGGAAGACAUCGGGACGGACUGCAGGCAGGAGACCACCCCUUAGCUGUCACGGAACAGCACUGCAAAGUCACAUGUGCUGGAAUUGGGAAAUUUUAUUGGAAGCCGUCACUUUGCUAUAGAACGAACACACUUGUGUGACAAAAGAACAUAAUUAAACGUGUCGCGACAACCGCACAUGAUGCGUGUCGAAGAGGGCUCAUAACG